AUGCAUUUGCGAACGAAUACGUAUUUGUAAAAUUUGUGAUUACUUCGUAAAUAAACACAAUGUCGCGUUUUUUACUAUUAAAUUUUAAAGAUUUUGGUCUCAACCAAGAUAUAACACAGACGAUUCAGUCACAAACGCUUGCCUGUAUAUGUUGUUUGGAUUCGAAUGUACCUCUUAUCAACUUGUCGACUUGUAAACAUGAAAUAUAUUUGCAAAAUUUCUACAAAACUGUGGCUGAACCAACUAAGAAAGUGGUGUGUUUGGAGUGCCACAAUGUCCUGAAGAUGAUAGAAACUUUCCGGCAGCAGGUGGUGAACAGCUUCCAGAGAUUGACUGAGGAAGUAACUUCUAAACCACCUCAAAACUAUAACAAACUUAAUAAAAACAAGUACAAAUUAACAGAAAAGAAAACAGUGAACAUCUACCUGCCACCAGCAAAGUACACGGCCGAGAAAUGGCAACCCCAGCCACAGAUAAACAAAAUUGUGAAGAAAGAGGUCGAGUCUGCGGAGCCUGCGUUGCCAGUGGUGAAAAUUAAGGCUGAGCCGGUUGAGAGUGAGAGAGAAAAGGUUGAGAUAGAAAUAGUUCCUGUGAAAAAGCGAGAGGAAGCUAAAGGUACAAAGUUGCUGGAGAAGGCUAAAAAGAACCCAGCGGUCCGGACGGUGACUCUGACCAAGGAAGAGCUGGUGCUGGAGCGGCUGAAACUAGCUCAGUCCCCGGCCUACUUGAAGCUGCCUUACCGCUGCGAAAGCUGCGUCGUUGGAUUCAACUACGAGGAAAAUAUACAGGACCAUAUGAAGAGGAAACAUGGACCGAAGGUGGGCAGCGUGACGUGCGACGUGUGCCUGGCCGUGCUGCACCCGCCGGGCAGCCUCGCCGCACACAUGUUCCGACACCUCACCAGGUACGCGUGCGUGAAGUGCGACGCGCGCUACCCGAGCUACGACGACACGCUGCACCACUACAAGAAGCAGCACGGCGGCGACUGUCUGCGCUGCGCCGAGUGCCACUACACCACCGAUAGUGAAGUGCGACGCGCGCUACCCGAGCUACGACGACACGCUGCACCACUACAAGAAGCAACACGGCGGCGACUGUCUGCGCUGCGCCGAGUGCCACUACACCACCGAGUGAGUUGUUUCACAGUAGUGAAGUGCGACGCGCGCUACCCGAGCUACGACGACACGCUGCACCACUACAAGAAGCAGCACGGCGGCGACUUAGUGAAGUGCGACGCGCGCUACCCGAGCUACGACGACACGCUGCACCACUACAAGAAGCAGCACGGCGGCGACUGUCUGCGCUGCGCCGAGUGCCACUACACCACCGAGUCCCCGCAGAAGUUCAGGAAGCACAAGCGGCUGCACCACAAGCGGUUCACUUGUGCCGACUGUGGCGUGGUGCUUGCCACGCGGCCCAGCCUCACCCGGCACAUGGCCGUGUUGCACAACAAGCGUCUGUACCGCUGCGUGCACUGCUCGCUGACGUUGACGGACGGCGGCGCGUUCGCGUCGCACAUGCGCGCGCACGGCGCGGCGGCGGCGCGCGCGGCGUGCGCGCCGUGCGGGGUGCAGUUCAAGGCCUGGCACGCCUACAACGCGCACCACCUCUACAGCACCGCGCAUCGGAACACUAACAAGAUAACAUGCACCCACUGCGGCAUGAAGUUCGCGACGGCGACGCACCUGCGCAUGCACGUGCAGUUCAGCGACCACCCCAAACAGACCUUCCACUGCCCAGACUGCCCCAAGGAGUUUGCCGUAGAAGCGGAGAUGAGACAGCACCGCAACAUACACAAGAAGCAGAGGCUGCGUUCCACCGAUAGGAUCUGCGACUACUGCGGACGCGUCUACACUAGUCGGGAGCACCUGAUCCGCCACAUCCAGACGCACCUGCUGAAGCGGCAGAAGGCCAAGGAGCGGGCCAAGUCGACCGCCAGGCCCCACAAGCCGAAAUAA